AUGAAUUCAACAAUUUGUUCAUUUCGCAAACAGACUAUGCUACAGUUCACUUCUCUUGGUGUCUGGUGUGUUCUGAUUCUACCUCUCCUUUCCAUUCAAGGAUGUUCUGGUAUUAUAAUAUCGAAUCCAGUGUAUCAAAGGCGCUUGUCAAAUACAGUUGACGCACCGCACGAGAAUGAAUGGCGUGAGAUUCCUGAAUCAUCUGUGAGUGUGCUUGGUACGGUGAGAAAUAAUACACUGUCAAGUCAAGACGUGUUGCGUACACCUGUCAUGAAUACGAUUCUUAGUCCGACUGGAUUUCAAUUCGUUGGAAGAGAUGACGGAACCUCAUUGUAUUCUGCACCUCAGAAUAAAGCCUCAUCACAGACACAGAAACAACCACAAUCUCAGCCAAUCUCAACGGGGAUUACACGGGAGGCAUUAGAGAAAUUCACUGGUAAUUUAGAUGACUCUGACAGUAGUCAUUUCAAAAACAAUCCAUCGGUGAAUCAACAAGUGAGUCGUGAACAAUAUCCCAUCUGGAAUCCGCGGGCACAAAUUGAUCUUUAUCGUGGUCGACAAGCUGUAUUAACAUCAGCAGCAGAACAACAACCACCACAAGUGAGAACUCCCUCACUGCUCACACCAUAUGCCACAGGUGUACCAUAUCAAAAUCUGAGGGAUCUGUUUUAUCCAAAAUAUACAAUAGGUCUGAAUACACCGUUUGAACAGAAUACUCAUUGGCGAAGAACCCCACUACUUUUACUGCCAUCAUCAAAUAUGCUUCAGUAUAACAGACUGUCUACGGAAUAUCCAUUGAACUCGCGACUUCGAAGUACUCUAUCUCAACCAAACUUGAUUUUUGGACAACAACCUCGCGUUAUUUUUGUAAGACAGUAUAUGCAGUCCAAUCAACCUCAGCGCUUCAAUGAACCGGGAGUGGCGAGAACAUUACAACCAUAUGGACAAGUGGUGACGCCACAGAAUAACACGAGAGAUCCUAGACUUUUUCUGAAUGUAAGUCGCAAUGAUGUAAUAGGAAGAUUGUUUGGGUAA